GUAUGGAUUUUCUUUCGACUGUGGCCAACAUUUUCGAUGGCGACUGUACGGUUGCCAUCGGGGGUAAGAAGGAUAGCGACGACGAGCGGCAGUUCGUGCUUUCGGAGUUUAUCGGUGAAAUUGGAAUGUGGCUUGACGAGAAGCUUAAUGAUCAUCCGUUCGAAGAUACCCACCCAUCAUACGAACCGGUCGAAGGAAGGCUCGGUCCCAGGCGAACCGUUUUCGACGUGGCGGAUGACGGAUCGAUACUGGUGUCGAGAGAUAAACUAACGCUGCAGUCCCAGAAUGCUUUCUCGACGGUUAAAGCAAACUGUUGCGUUUACAGCGGUCGCUGGAUGUAUGAGGUACAGCUGCGUUCGAAGGGCGUCAUGCAGAUUGGUUGGUGUUCGGCACACUGUAAAUUUACGCAGGAUACCGGAGUUGGAGACACACGGUACAGCUAUGGAUUGGACGGUAGUAAACAACGGAUCUGGCAUGUUUACACUCAAAAGUAUGGUCCAUUCUGGCGCUCGGGUGAUAUAUUUGGCGUUUGUGUCGAUAUGGACGCCGGACGUAUCGAGUACUAUCGUAACGGGGCACCACUUGGGGAAGCUUUUAAGGAUAUCGAACGUGGACCGGGUUUAGCGCUUUACCCGGCAGUUUCGCUAGCGUUCAACGAUAGUCUAACGGCCAACUUUGGUGGAUCUCCCUUCAAGCAUCCGGUUGACCGUUACAAACCACUACAGGAUGCACCGGAUGUGGCACUGUAUCAGGCGGAUUGUCUGUUGAAAUAUCUCGUCAAUCUUUCCGGCGCCAUUUCCCAACAUGCCAGAGUAUCUAACGGUGGUCCAAAAGUGUCAUCCAGCUCCGUCGGCGGUGGAAUAGUAACACCAGAAUCCAUGUACAUGCUUUUGGCCGCUUGUCUCAUCGAAAGAAUCGCUCCAUUGCUGGGCAAUUCGUACGUGGUCGAGGAUAAAGUGUUCAGCUACAUCCGCGGAAUGUGUGUGCUGCGCAGCAACAGUCACGGUGGGAAAAAUGAAGCUCCCACCCAGCCUGGCUCGCCGGAAAGCACGCUCGGCACAUUUCUUACCCUGCUGUGGACGUACCUGGAGCAGGAGGAGAUGAAACUGUUUCUGAAGAAAUUGCUCAACUACCUUGCCAACACGUACAAGGAAACGCCGGUCGAUUUGGAGUACGAGAAGCAGCGCAAAAUCAUCGUCAUACUGACGUGCGUGUGCAAUCAUCCGGCCACCCGGAAGUAUUUGCUCGAGUACAAAUUCUUCAAGAAGAACUGUUUGCCCCUGUUUCUCUACACGAAACCACCGGACGAGUCGACGCUCGAGCAGCUACUACCGGACGAUCACAUCUGGACGGAAGGUUUGGGCGGCUCGAAGGCAACGUAUUUGGCGGCGUGCGAGAAGCUAAAGGCGCACACGUCCGUACUGUACACGCUGCAAAAAAAUCUUAUACACAUACUGAUGAACGAUCGAGAUGGGAAUGAAUCCAGCUCACCCAGUAGUAGGAGAAUUUUUGUCGCAAAAGUCCGGAAGUUCGUUAUGGAAAACAAUGUUGAGUUGCGGGGUCUAUACUCGUCAACAACACAGCCUGCUAUAGGACUAUCCUUUCUCUGUACCCUGCUAGAUGUGGCCAAAACGCUCUGGGAGGAUGAGUGUCGACAGGAGCACAGCUUAGAUGGGAAGUUGGAUACACCAACGAUUGAUAAUCGAUAUUUCUACGACGGAACAUUUAAAUACUCGAACCUUGACCGUAUCGGUGGUGUACUGUCCUACCUGCGAAAACAUUUUCGUUCGCAUCUGGUCGAACGGUUGGGUGCGGAUCAUCCGAGCGUGGUUUCGGUCGAUCAGCCCAGCGAUUUGCGCAGUGAAAUUGCCGCGUUCAAUGUAUUUCUCGAUUCGGCCAUGUUUCUCGUGUCCGGUGGACCAUCCACCGCCUACUCUCUAGUCUCCCGUGCGGCCAAUAGCAUCCCGGACCGGCAUCAACAGCAAACUGCCCAGCACAACACAAUCGACGUACUGGACGAGGGUCCACAUUCCAGCUCAACCGGGCCGGGCAGUCAACCAUCGCCCAAAUGUACGGCCGGUACGAUCGGUUGUGGUCCGCUGGAUUCGUUCCGUGCCGUGUGUGAGCUGCUCGAUUGUUGUGUGAUAUUCUACAACGUUGUUGCCCACAAGUACGUCGUCAUGAUAGCGGAUCUGCGGGAUAACAUUACGCACCUGUCGGACAUACUGCUAGAAACGAAGAGCAACUGUGACGAAGUGAUGCACAAUCUAGAGGAGCUAAAGCGUUGCACAAUCGGUGCGAGUACUUCCGGCCAGGGGCAGAAAUCGCACGAAGAGCUGCUGAACGAGUUGGAGGCACGAUUUGGUCAGCGGAAAAGCAUUUUCGCGAAACGAUCGAUGGAGCUUGCUCGAAAACAGGCAUGGUACCGUUCCGUAGCGCUUGGGACGCAUCGACGCCGUCUGCUUUGUUGGCUGCUUGGGAUCAUUUUCGAAACGCUGCACACCUUCAGCACGGAAGAUAUCUUGUUCGCCUUCCUGCCCGAAACGUACAUCAACGUGACGCCCAUUCUGCUCGAUACGGUGCUCGAUUUUAGCUUUCACGAUACUGCCAUCCAACAUGAUCUUGCCGGCGACACGGAACUAAUUCGAUCGGCGGCAAACUUUCUCGCCAAACAUUUGGCUGAUCCGCGCGUAAUUCUUGCAUCCUGUAAGGACGCUCUUAUUCAGGCUCUCGGAUCCUUGACGUGCCAUGAGGUGGGAAUUCGAGCACUUGAAAGUGCAUCUCCGGAAAAUCAACUCGCCCUAGUACGAGCCUUACUACGACCGUACGAAAACCGUGCCUGGGGUCAGAGCAAUUGGUUGCUGCUACGGUUCUGGCUCGGGGAUGGAUUUGCUUACCGUGAAUCACGCCCACCAUGCGUUUGGCAGUCGGGGAAAGAUCCAACCGCCACACAACGUUCGCUCGGACUGUACCGGAGCCGGGCAAAGAAUGGAUCACACACGGGUUUGCUACAUCUGAUUGCGCCUGCCUGCCCGUCGAAACAUUUCCAGCGUUUGAUCAGCGAAACGCUCAGCAAAGACGAACCGUACUGUACGACAUUUUUGAACUCGGUUCUUUCUCAACUGAAUUGGGCGUUUUCCGAGUUUAUUCACAUCCUGCAGGACAUUCAAAACAUAUCGCAACGGGACGACGAGCAAUCGGUCGAAACGAAGCAGCUUAAAAUUUGUUCCAUGUGCUUCGAGCUAACCGUAUCGCUUAUGCGUGCCCUAGAGAUGAUUGUAACGAUCACGCCCAGCCUACUCCAGGACGCCACACGCGCGAACAGUGAAAUCAUUCUCAGUCGCAUCUGCCAGCUAGCGAUACAGGUGUUGUCGCGCGUAACCGUACCGCCCGGAUGUUUCCAGCACGUGAUAGACCUUUGCCUGCCGGAGCUGAGCAACGUGACGCACUUUGCGAUUAUCAGUGCAGCGAUCGGGAUGCUGCUGGCGUUGAUGCGCCGAGAGCUUAGCAGCUCGACUGAAUGUAUCACGAAAAUACCGCGCAUCUCCAAGUAUUUGCUUACGGACACGAGUUUUCACAUUGCCAGCCUGGAGUAUGCGCUCGGAGAGGUCAAAACGCCGAUAACGAACAGUAACGGGGAAGCACCGAGAGGUAACUUUGAUCCAAAGAUGCGGGCCCACAUUGAUCCGCUUACGAAUGAGGUACGGGUUCCUUCGCCGUUUCGGAAGGCCGGUACUGCUGGUGGGUCGGUUGGCAUGAAGGAAAUCAUUCCCGAUCCACCCAUCAUCAAGUUCAAUAUUGCUGACUAUCCAAGCCAUGUUGUGCCAGAAGAAGUGGGACAUAUUGCGAGACUGAUUGAAAUACUGCAGCUACGUCAAACGCUGCUGUCAGAGAUAACUAUCCUAUCGGAGGACUCGCUCUGCCCGAUAUGCUAUGCUAAAUCCAAUUCGGCUGCAUUCGACCCGUGCCAACAUCAAUCUUGCGAGACUUGCAUAAUGCAGCAUCUGAUGAACAGCAAGCAGUGUUUUUACUGCAAAAUUCUCAUCACACGCGUCACACGCCAGGAUGGUGCAGUCAUUUACGAGGCUUGCAAUACACCGCCAGCACCACAACCCGCUACAUCCAUGGUACCCCGAAUGGUAGUUUCACCGAUGGUGUUCACAUCCUCCACACCGAUCCCGGACGAUAAUCUGACGGAGCACGAAGAAGAGCAAAGUGCGACUGCGCCCAACAACGUCGUCGAUGAUUACGAUGGACCACGAGCCAGCGAAACAUAA